UGCUCAUUAACCAGAACAGAGGAAAAGCGAUGGGAAGCAAAACCUGACGGCGCCAGAGACCCAGAUCGACGGGCUCCGGGCUGCCGGCUGCAUGAAAGCACCAUGUGGAGGACACCAGCCUGCCUUCCAGUGAUGUGCCUCUUGCUUCACCUCCAGGCUGCAGAUUUCUUUUCUGGAGACAAUGACCACUUCUUGGCAAUUCAUCAAAGAAAGAGUGGGAAGCCUAUCUUCAUUUAUCAUCACGUGCAAAGUGUUGAAAAAAGUUUGGAUACAAGUGAUCAGGAGGAUUAUGGACCCAAAUCUCAUCUGUCUUCCCAUGACAAAAUAAGCAAACUGCACCCUGCAAUUAUACUGAAGUCAGCAUUUUCGAGACCUGCAUAUGACCCAUCUCUCAGUCUCUUAGCUAUGACAGGUGACGAUCAGGAAGUGGAAAAUCUACCCAUUCCAGCAACAAAUGUGAUUACUGUGACUCUGCAAAUGGAUGUAAACAAGCUGAAUAUUACAUUGCUUCGGAUUUUCCGCCGGGGAGUGGCUGCCGCUUUAGGACUGCUGCCACAGCAAGUGCACAUCAACAGACUCCUCGGAAAAAAGAACUGCGUCGAACUCUUCAUAUCCCCAGUAAAUAGGAAAGGAAUUUCUGAUACACUUCCAUCAGAAGAAGUCGUACGUUCACUUAAUAUCAAUGUUCUGCAACAGAGUUUAUCCCAGUUUGGGAUUACCGAAGUCUCCCCAGAGAAAAAUGUGUUGCAAGGCAAGCACGAAUCAGGUAAACUCUGGACCCAAGAAGGAUUUUAUGCUGUCAUCAUUUUUCUCAGCAUCUUUGUUAUUAUUGUGACAUGUUUGAUGGUACUGUACAGGCUGAAGGAGAAAAUACAGUUUUCACGGAGACAAGAUAAGAAUAACAAACAGGAAAUACACCUUUCACCCAUCCCUCUGCAGCAACCUCCCUCUGAAUAUAAAGUGGUAAACAGAAUGGUCCAACCAGAACAGGCUCCUAAAGUUGUAAAUGUCCCAGUAGACCCACAAGGACAAUGUGCUCCUGAACUCAAGCCCACUCUUUCUGCCAGCCCGUCACCAUUCAAAAUGAAACCAGGGGGGCUUCAAGAAAGGCGAGGAUCCAAUGUCUCACUCACUUUGGACAUGAGCAGCUUGGGAAGCGUUGAACCUUUUGUGGCAGCCCCAACGCCAAGAGAAAAAGUUGCAAUGGAAUAUCUCCAGUCAGCUAGCCGAGUCCUGACAAAGCAGCAAUUGCAAGACACAGUUGCAAGUUCGCAUUUGCUUCAGACUGAGUUCAUGGAAAUUCCAAUGAAUUUUGUGGAUCCUAAAGAAAUUGACAUUCCUAGUCAUGGAACUAAAAAUCGUUAUAAGACUAUUCUGCCAAAUCCUACAAGCAGGGUGUGUUUAAAACCAAAGAACCCUGGCAAUGCCUUGAGCACCUAUAUAAAUGCUAACUACAUUAGGGGUUAUGGUGGCAAGGAAAAGGCCUUCAUUGCAACCCAAGGGCCUAUGAUUAAUACUGUGAAUGACUUCUGGCUGAUGGUGUGGCAAGAAGAUGGUCCUGUCAUUGUUAUGAUCACAAAACUAAAGGAGAAAAAUGAGAAGUGUGUGCUCUACUGGCCAGAGAAGAGAGGGAUAUAUGGCAAAGUGGAAGUACUUGUUAACAGUGUGCAAGAAUAUGAGAAUUAUACCGUCCGCAACCUUACACUAAAGCAUGGAAGUCAGUCAAAAUAUGUCAAACAUUAUUGGUACACAUCCUGGCCAGACCACAAAACUCCAGAUAGUGCUCAACCUCUUCUACAGUUCAUGCUGGAUGUAGAAAAAGAUAGGAUGGCAUCACCUGGAAGAGGACCUGUAAUUGUGCAUUGCAGUGCUGGAAUAGGAAGAACUGGAUGUUUUAUUGCUACUGCCAUUGGUUGUCAUCAGCUGAAGGAAGAGGGAGUUGUUGAUGCUUUAAGCAUUGUCUGUCAACUGCGUUUGGACAGAGGUGGAAUGGUCCAAACAAGUGAACAGUAUGAAUUUGUGCAUCAUGCACUAAGCCUGUAUGAAAGCAGGUUGUCUGCAGAAGCUGUCCAGUGAAACCAAGAAGGAAGAACCACAUGUGUACUUUUCUUGAGGUAAUUUGUUUCAUUACCUACCAAGCCGCUUCUUCAAGGAGUUUACAGCAGUCAAAGGAGAGGCAGCUGACUUGUGAAAGGAAUGUGGCAGGUUUUUAAAAAAGCAUAAAAGAUUGAUGGACCCUUGUCUUGAAUGUAUUGUGAGUUCCCUGAAACAGUUUUAAUGAAGGUUAAUGUACUGAUGUUACAUUUGGAUACACAUAUAGACAUGAUGAAGGAUUUAUUACUGUAUUAAUGGAACAUGCCACAUGGAAUGUACGUAACAUUAUGUAUGUGUGUUCUACAACAGUUGGACAUGGGAAAUGCCACUGAGGAGAUGUGUACAAAUGCUUUUCAUGUUUGCAAAGUCUGUCUUGUGAAUAGGCUGUCAGUUGUUCAGCUGUACUUGUUAAGUGCUGUUACCUAUUUUGUGGUAAACUUAAUUCAGAGCCACUUACAACCCUUAUGACUGAAAGGGAUCAGUGAUUGGUUCAAAGGAAAAUGACCAUUUAAAAAACUUAUGGAAAAAUAAUUCAUUUUAAUUAGUCAGAAAUUAAUUUGCAUUUUAUAUGACAACUGACUUCCGUUUACACUAUGAUAUAUUUCAUGUAUAGAAAAUUCUGUUAAACAUUGUUGAACCAGAAUGGCUGUGAUAAAAAGGGAACUUGUCCAGCACAAGCCCCAUUGACACAAAUGAGAGUUAUGAAAAAAGUCCGCAUUUCAGUGGGGCAUGGUGUACCCUAAUUAACUUUUUAUUUAUUUAUCAGUGGGGCUUGUGUAAGAGAAUUUCCCAACUGAUCAAAUCCAGUGUCUAUUAUACAAUGUUUAUGCAUUUAUUCAGUGCUGUUAAUUGUCUUAGAAGCAGCUUUUUGCUCCAGGACAGAAUCCAGUGUAUUUGUAAACUCAUGUGAGUAAUUUUACUUUUGA